AUGCGUUUAAUCAAUGCCCGAACCCUCCACUUGGAGGACUUUUUCGGCCCAGAGUUUCCUCCCUAUGCCAUUCUCUCUCAUACCUGGUGCGACGAAGAAGUCAGUCUUCAGGACUGGCAGGACCCCGAGAAACGCACGGCAUCCACGAAAGGGGCCGAGAAGAUCAGAAAUGCUUGCAAGCAAACACUCACUUGGGACCUAGAGUACAUAUGGGUCGACACCAACUGUAUCGACAAGUCAAGCUCCGCGGAGCUCUCGGAGGCCAUCAACUCGAUGUAUAUGUGGUAUCGAGACUCACACGUGUGCUUCACCUUUCUAGAGGACUUCGAAUGGGCCCCGGAAGACGGACAAGACCCGUUGGUGAGUCUAUCUUCUUCCCGAUGGUUUACUAGAGGCUGGACCCUCCAAGAGCUAAUUGCUCCUGGGAACCUCGUCUUUUUCGACAAGCGAUGGGCCGAGUUCGGAACGAAGUUGUCCAUGGGUUCUCUUAUAUCCCAAAUCACCGGGAUCCGUGGGCAAUAUCUCCAAGAGGAUCCAGAUUUCUUUUGGUGCAGCGUGGCGGAGAGGAUGUCCUGGCUAGCAUCACGAUCGACGACCCGGCCAGAGGACAUGGCUUACUGUAUGCUUGGUCUGUUUAACAUCAACAUGCCGCUUCUAUACGGUGAAGGAAGCAAGGCUUUCUUGAGGCUCCAAGAAGAGAUAAUCAAAGUCUCCAAUGACCACACGAUGUUUUGCUGGAGUUGGACCCCCGCCGUUCCUAUUUUCUGGAGAAGUUUCCUGGCCCCUUCCCCAGCCGUAUUCAAAAACUGCGGGCAAUUUGUGGCAACUAAUCUAGUAACAACUCACCACGCUCCCACCUCCACCUUUCACAUUACAAGCGUGGGCUUGAGAAUAACCCUACCGUUG